AUUGCCACCACGUAUAUAAAAAGCUUUUUCAAACUUCAAACAAACUCUCCCAACUUCGCCAAGCCGGUGAGGAAAAAUGAAGAAGAGAGCAAAGGAAAUUGAAGUCAAUUCUACAGAGGAAACGUGUUGCUGAGAUCAAGUUUGCUUCACCUACUAAUUUCUUCCUGGAUAUUUUACAUAUUUGGUCUUCUUCUUCUUCUUCUUCAAGAAAUUUCCUAACCGAUUCCAAAUCGGUACUCGAAAUUUGAUGAUGAAUUUUGCGAGCGGUAUGGCGUUGGGGGAUGCCUCGUCUUUGUGGAGUUUGAUACCGAAGACGCCGCCGCCUGCGGUGGCGCUGAAGCUUGAAUCUAGAGGUGGAGUUUUAGGAUUGCCGGCUUCUCCGAUGACUUGCUCCAUUGAGGCGGAGAAGCCGCCGAAUCGAACCACGGAGUUACAGCCGUCUGUUGAGCAGCCGGACGGCAAUAGCGUUUGGAGAUCGAAUAAGGAUAUCGCGCCCUUUGCUAGACCAUUAUCAGUGUCAAGUAAAUCUGCUUAUCCAGAUGAUAAUAAGAAGGUUCGGAUAUCAUUUAAGGGGUUGCCAGGGUCACAUAGUGAGGAUGCAGCACUUACAGCAUACCCUAAUUGUGAAAGUGUUCCUUGUAAUGAGUUUGAAGAUGCAUUCAAGGCUGUUGAAUUGUGGAUAGCUGAUAAAGCUGUUCUUCCGAUUGAAAAUUCAUCAGGUGGGAGCAUCCAUCGCAAUUAUGAUUUGCUCCUUCGGCACAGGCUACAUAUUGUUGGUGAAGUGCAGAUAACCACCAACCUCUGCCUUCUAGCUCUGCCAGGUGUGAGAGCAGAACAGCUGAAACGUGUUCUUAGCCAUCCACAGGCACUUUCUUUGAGCGAAAAUGCGCUGAAUAGGUUGGGUGUUGUCCGAGAAAAUGUUGAUGAUACUGCUGGUGCAGCUCAGUAUGUAGCGUUGAACAACCUCAGGGAUGCUGGAGUUGUGGCCGGUGCUCGUGCUGCAGAGUUAUAUGGUUUAAACAUACUUGCAGAAGGAAUCCAAGAUGAUUUAGGUAACGUGACUCGUUAUCUGGUACUUGCAAGGGAACCAAUCAUUCCAAGAACUGAUAGACCCUAUAGAACAAGCAUUGUAUUUACUUUGGAUGAAGGACCUGGAGUCUUGUUCAAAGUCUUGGCGUUGUUUGCACUAAGAGAUAUAAAUUUGACAAAGAUUGAAAGUCGACCGCAAAGAAAUUGCCCCUUACGAGUAGUGGAUGACUCUAACAUGGGUAGUGCCAAGUACUUUGACUACUUGUUCUACAUUGAUUUUGAAGCUUCUAUGGCCGAACCACGUGCUCAGCUUGUCUUGGGGCAUUUGCAGGAACAUGCGACAUUUUUACGGGUACUUGGUUGCUAUCCCGUUGACGUUGCUCGUUAGAGUAUGCAUUUGGAGAAUCAAUGUUCUUCAAGUUCAGAUCAUUGGCCUAAUAGAGUAGUUUGUUUCAAAACUCAUAUCUUCCAUUGGAGGUCAAAAAGGUAACUUCCAAUCAACUAGCAUGUGGUGUGACCAUAGGCUCGGUCCAAUAUAAUAAUGUUGAUACUAAUAGUAACAAUACAGUGUAUUUUUCUUCCUACUACAUUUGACUCAGUUUUAGUAAAUUUGUAUUUAUGAAA